AUAUCGCGCCAAUGUCUCUUCCCCUUCCUCCUCCUCUUCUUCUUCUUCUUCUCUAGACCGCCCGAGCUUCAGCUUCAACGCCAAAACGAAAAGCAGAAUCAUGAGAGGAACGAGAUCAUCACAAGAAAAGCGAGACCAAUCUUAAGCUCUCUAUAGAGACACAGAGAGAGAGAGAGAGAGAGAGAGAGAGAGAGAGAGAGAGAGAGAGCAAAGCUCAAGGUGUUCGUCAAUCAAUGGCGACGCGGUGGGUCAAGUCGUUGCAGUGCAAAUCCAGAGCGUUCGAGGACGUUUAUCACCACCCGAACCCGAAGAGCCUCCUCACGACGUCGGGUAGUUGCCGGAAGAGCGCACAAACCGUGAGAGACGUCGUCGAAAUGGCCAGAGGAAAGCCCAAACAGAGAACACAGCAACCACCGCCCACCAAGACAAAGCAGCACUCCAAACCGUCCAAAAGGGACUCGGAUCCGAACGACCCUUGUACCCGGAAAGUCGUUCCGGCCGCGACAGUCUCUCCCCGCUCUUCCAGGUCAUUAUACCCGCCCCUGACCGAGCUGCCGGAGGGCCACCCGUCGCGCAACGUCGUGGAGAUCAUCUUCCACACGAGCUGGAGCGAGAAGUCGGCGUUUCCCGGCCGGGUCGAGAAGAUCUUCAAGGUCCAGACCGGGCCGAAGACGACGGCCCGGUUUGAGGAAUAUCGGGAGGCGGUCAAGUCCCGGGCCGGGUCCGGGUCCGGGUACGGGCAGGGCGUAGUUGGCGGGUGCUCGGAGGACAAUGUCGCGCGGUGCGUCGCGGAUGGCAACGAGGUCAUGCGGUUCCGCUGCAUGGGGCCCGCGUCGGCGGGCGGCGGCAUCUCCUCGACCGACUUCUUGACGUUCUCCGGCGGCAAGGGGGCGGCGGUGUGCACGUUCUUCGCGGGCAGCGGGUCGGCCCACGAGAGGGCGGGCGGAGGGAAGGGGAGGAGGGCCAUGCUGGUUUGCCGGGUCAUUGCUGGCCGGGUGGCGAAGCAGCCCGGACCCGACCCGUUUUUCGAGGUCCGGGCCGGGUAUGACUCGGUGAAUGGGGACAAGGGCGAGUUGAUAGUAUUUGAUCCUCGCGCGGUAUUGCCUUGCUUCCUUAUUAUCUAUAGAUUGUAAAGGUAUAUGGGGAAAGAACUUUUGAUUUUUCAUUUGCUAUUUAAGUUUUGUUUCUUCUUAUUUCCUUGUGGGUCUCUUAUGACUUUGGAUUGAUGAAGAUGUGAUUUUCUUUUUUUGGGGGGAUGGUUAGUUUUCUUUUAUGAUGUAGAAAGCUGUCUGAAUGUAUGCUAAGUUGCUAUAUUUACGAUUUUAAUCUAA